AUGGCCCUGCGCCCCGAGGUGGCCCUGCGGGCGCUCGGCCGAGAAGGCCGCUGGGAGUCCGUCCUGGAGGUCAUCGCCCCGGUUCUGCAGCGGGAUGCCGAUGUGGCCCCGAGAAUCUUAACGAAGGCGCGGCUUCCAGGGCGCACAGAGGAGUGGGCCUCGCUUGUUCGGGGGCCAGUGCAACGAGCCUCCACCUCAGCAUUCCCCAACACCAAAGAAACCAAGUGA